AUGAAGUCAGAGAAAUUUCAGGAAACAUCCCCUCAGCCGCCCAUCGGAGACCGCCCGCCAUCCCGUUGCACCUCAGGACCAGAGCGACCUCCCACGGCAUCUAGACACGUCCCCGAGACGCCCCCGAGACGCCUGAGACGCCCCGAGACGCCCGAGACGCCCCGAGAGACGCCCCGACACGCCCCGAGACGCCCCAAGACGCCCCAAGACGCCCCGAGAUGCCCCGAGACGCCCCAAGACGCCCCGAGACGCCCCGAGGGACGCCCGAGCGCCCGAGACGCCCCCGAGACGCCCCGAGACGCCCGAGACGCCCCGAGACGCCCCGAGACGCCCCGAGACGCCCCGAGGACGCCCCGAGACGCCUCGAGACGCCCCAGACCCCGAGACGCCCCGAGACGCCCCGAGACGCCCCCAAGCACGCCGAGGAAGGAAAGCACAGGCCCCAAACGCAGCCCGGGCGACGAGUCGUCGGCGACCCGAAGGCGGCGAGCUGCGGGGCUUCAUACGAGCCGCCCAGAUAUCGCCCCAAGCAAGGCUUUCUCGACCUGUUGCGCCGCCUCCAAUUUGUUAUCUUAA